UUGAGGAGUUGCAGUGUCUAGCAACGUGGAAAGAAGGAUCUUUGCGAUAUCUAGUGGGGAAAGUACAUCACAGCCAUGCCACUUCCAACGAAGAACGGUUCAGAUGUUUUGUCUGGGAAAAGGUGACCCUGAACGACGCCGAUCAGCCCUUGGACGAGGGUGGACCUCCACGUCAGCGACUGCCAGACGACAUGAGUGCAGAUUACAGAGUGGCUCAAUCAGGGGAUGCCACCUGCAAUGGACUCUUCAGCCCCCUCGAGGGAUCCAAGACUAUGACGCUCAAAAAAGCGGCAGCAACGUCCAAAUGCCGAUUCCCGCCCUGGUUGACGGCGUUCACACACUGGCACACCCUGGAUUACGCACGCACCUACCUCUUCCAUCAUCGCAACACCACUCUGCAUAUUGCCAACACAACCACCACUAACGCCCAGCAAGUCGGCAACAGCGACAGUGCACCACUUGGCAACAGCGCACAGCUGACAGCUGCCAGCACGCAUGCGCAGACCAUGAUGGAUGGACAACAGGACAUCAGGGUGGUCUGCACUGAGCUCAAAGCUGUUUCAACAGAAGUGGCGCAGUUGGUCGGUCAUUAUACUAUGGGCUG